UUACGAUAUUUCGAGGACGUCACUGAAGGCAGCAUGGUUGUACCGCCACACAUUUGUUGUCAGUGAGCAACAUGACAGCCUUAGCUACACGUUGAUGAUAUGUUUUUGUAUUGUCUGUGUAACGGUUAUAAAACGAGGACUAACGGCUGCGCGGUUUUCGGUAAGAGUAUCGGUGAAGUGUUUUAUACAUGAAGAGACCCGCAAGGCAGUUUCAUUAACGUCGAGCUAACCGCAGUUUUGACUGCUGAAAACGUUACCCUGGUGGUGGAUUAGACUGGUUGCACAUCAAACUUAACGUUAACGCUGAAUACUUUACAAGGGCUGGGUUACAGACAUGCACCCACCAUCUCGACAGGAAUACAUAUCUAUAAGCUUCGCUGGACAAGGAAGUGGCAGUUACAAUAACAGCAAGCAUUGGAGGAGGCAGUCCUGCUGGAGGAAAUGGAAACAGCUUUCCAGGCUGCAGCGGAGCCUUAUCCUCUUCCUCCUGUUUAUUUGUGGAAUUGCUUCCUAUCCUGCUGUUAAUGAACACCUCAGAGGCCUUACAGAUGGAGACCAGCACACAGACAGUAACAGCGUCCUGAAACCCGUCAUCCCUCAUGUGCUCCCUGAGCCUGUCGAACCGGGACAACCACCACUGCCAGAACAAACCUCCCAGAGGAAAUUAUCCAAUAAGAGAGGGCCACCAGUCCUUCAGAAUCGUGUUCAGAUGAAGGGAAACGCUUCAAAUACAGUGGUUGAGGACAAGGCCGCUGACGGCAAGAAAGAAGGGGAGGAGGAGGUCAUCAGCUGGCAUAGGCCAGUGAUCGAUACUGACCAAGCCACAGAAGGCACCAAGGAUGGGGGAAAUAAGGAGUAUACACUUUCCAACCAAAAAGCCAAACCAUCAAACCUGUCAGAAGCUAGCUUGCUGGAGGCGGUGAAGGACGCUUUCAGACAUGCAUGGAAGGGUUAUAAAGACUUUGCUUGGGGCCACGAUGAGCUCAGGCCCCUCUCCAAGUCCUACAGCGAGUGGUUUGGCCUCGGUUUGACGCUUAUCGAUUCCCUGGAUACGAUGUGGAUCCUGGGACUUAAAAAAGAGUUUGAAGAAGCGAAGACAUGGGUAGCCACAGAGCUCACAUUCAACAAGAAUGUAGAUGUCAACCUAUUUGAAAGCACCAUCCGCAUCCUGGGAGGCCUACUGAGUACCUACCAUCUGACUGGAGACACCAUGUUCCUGGACAAAGCUAAAGACAUCGGUUCCAGGCUGAUGCCAGCCUUCAACACCCCAUCCAAGAUUCCCUACUCUGAUGUGAACAUCGGGAAAGGCACAGCCCACCCCCCUCGCUGGACGUCAGAUAGCACUGUGGCUGAGGUUACAAGCAUCCAGCUGGAGUUCAGAGAGCUCAGCCGCCUCACCCAGGAACCACAGUACCAGGAUGCUGUGGCAGAGGUUAUGAAACAGGUCCACAAGCUGGACGGCAAGCUAGAUGGUCUCGUGCCCAUGUUCAUCAACACAAACAACGGACAGUUCACCCAUCAAGGCAUCUACACAUUGGGAGCCAGAGCAGACAGCUACUAUGAAUACCUGCUGAAGCAGUGGAUCCAGGGAGGCAAGACGGAAAACCAGUUCUUGGAGGACUACCUGCAGGCCAUAAAGGGUGUAAAGAAGAACCUGUUGCAGAAAUCUUCCCCUAAUGGCCUCACCUUUGUUGGAGAGCUCUCACAUGGACAGUUCAGCUCCAAAAUGGACCAUCUAGUGUGUUUUCUGCCGGGCACUCUGGCUCUCGGUGCCCACAACGGCCUGCCUGCUGAUCACAUGGAUCUGGCCAAACAGCUGAUGGAGACCUGCUACCAGAUGUACAUCCAGAUGGAGACGGGCCUCAGUCCAGAGAUCGUCCACUUCAACAUGCAUCAGGGCAGCAUCCGAGACAUCGACGUAAAGCUUGCAGACAGGCACAACCUCCUACGACCAGAGACGGUGGAGAGUCUCUUCUACCUGUACAGGUUCACCAAGGACCACAAGUACCAGGACUGGGGCUGGGAGAUUCUACAAAACUUUAAUAAGUUCACCAAGGUUUCCUCCGGUGGCUACACCUCCAUAAAUAAUGUGCGUGACCCCGACUACACAAGUCCUCGUGACAAGAUGGAGAGCUUCUUCCUUGGAGAGACCCUGAAAUAUCUGUACCUGCUCUUCUCAGAUGAUCCCAACCUCAUCAGUCUAGACCAGUAUGUCUUCAACACUGAAGCUCAUCCUCUGCCUAUAUGGCCCUCCACGGCGUGACACAAACACACAGGAAUUCUAGUGACAGAUGAAACUGCAUAUAUGAACACAACAUCUCAGGGUUGGUCUAACACCAAGAUAAUUCCAUUGUCUUCUGUGACUGAAUGUUGUCAAAACAACAAACCCAGACCACUGAUGGAACACUUCUCCUUUUUACUGAUUCAAUCAAUAGUUUGCUAUGUGCUGACAGCCAUGUAACAAUGACAAGAGCCUGGUUCAAUUUGUGGCCUUGUUUAUUUAUUUGACCGGUGGUUUUUGUUGUAUGGACUUCUGGUAGUGAUAGAGUUCAUGUUGGUGAAGCAGAGGAAGAUUUCUGUCCUCCUGACCACCCAUAGCAUUAAAUAAAGCCUGAUUGUAAAUUGAAUCAAAGAUGUCUUAAUCACAUGUUAGAGGAUGAGGAGGAGUGCCAGGACUGAUGCAGGUGUUACGAAGCUGAUACUGAGGUUUCCAAUUUAAAGCUGCUCAUAGCUUAUACUUUGCUUACAGCUAUGCACAUUCUAUUUCUAACUAAAACGUCAGAAAUGUUUAUUUGUAUUUUACCCCUGCAUUGUAUCCGGUGGAAAGGUUUCUUAAACAGUUUCUAGGCCGAUACCUGCCGUGGUGGGAGUGACAGCAGGCGCCUUUUGUAGCAAAACAUUCCCUCACAGCAGCCACCAGCUGCUGCACCUGCAACCUGACCUCUCUGCUGACAUGCUGUUACAUGGUUGUGACUCUUGCAGGGCUUCAAAAAGAAAGCUAAUUUGUCCAUCACACUGUGCAAUAUAUUCAUUGUGCUCUGGCUAUUACUGUUCUCAGAUGGCCUCCCUCUUCUUCUUGACAGGAAAUAAAGCCAAAGCCUCCUGACAGGACUUGAGUGUGCCCUCAGUCCAGGUAUUUGCCUGUCCCAUGCUGCGUUCAUGUCUUACAGGAAUGAGAGUAAUACCACACUUGAUCAAGUAGUAAACGUUAGGUUUAAUUAACGGGUGACAUCGUCCAGUUAUGAAGAUAAAUAUUUAUCAGUUUUUCUUAAAUGUUCUUGUCAUAAUGUUGGUGCUGGAAGCAACAUUCAGAUCAUUUUCAUAAGUAAAAGCACAUCAUCAGUUAAAUGUAUUAAAACUUACACGGCUCCAUACAAAGGAGGAUACACCAAGCAAUGGGUUUUUUGCAACCUGGCAACCCAAAAGUUGUUCUCAUGAUUAAUCUAUAAUGUCUUAGUAAAUUAUUUAAUAAAGCCUCAUCAUAUUUUAUAAGACGUUUUGUUUUAGAUGUAAAAUCCUGAUCUGAAAAAUAAUAACUCCAACUGUAUGGAGUAAGAAGUACUAGAUUUCCCCUGAAAUAAAGUAAAGUAGAAGUAUAAGGUAGAAUACAAUUUAAAUACUCAAGUAGCUCAAAAUUGUACUUUGAGUCAUGUACUUUUACUACUGCCCUUUGUACUGAAAGCCAUCAUUUAGUUGUGGUUGUAUUGAACCAUUGUGGCUGUUACAAAAUAAUAAGCAGGACUGUAUUCUAUUGAUGCAAAAAUAAAGUAGUUAUAAAGUAGUACCGUGUCAGGUAUUUAAUUGGUUUUCUAGAAAAUGUGCUAAAUCAGGAUAAAUGUGAAUAUCACGAUAGGCCACUCCUUGUAUAUUAUUUCUGCUAUGCUCCUCUUUCUUGUUGCAUUGCUUUAAUUCAAAACUUAAAGAUACAUAAAUCUUAAUCUAAUUGUCUGAGGUUUUAUUCUUUUUAGGUGUUGAAAGUCAUUACAUUUGUACUUACUGCUGAUUUGGUUUCAAACUGGGAUCUCUGAGGUCAUCAACAAGGAAGUGUUGCUGCAGGGAAUGAUACGUUAUUGAUAAACUCUUCUACAAAUAGAACUGAAGUCUUGCUGUUUAUUUCCAUUUGACAUGAAUGCAGCAUCAGUCUCUGCUCGGGACUGACUUUGGUCUGAUUCCAGUUGCCAGGCAGCAGAUUUAUUUAUUUAUUUCAUAAAACGAACAUUUAACAGUUCGUUAAAUGUUCGUUUUAUGACGACAUCAAUGGGUUCUUGGCAUUGAUGAUUUAUUGUUUUGGUUGAGAAGCUGCUCUUUUCACUGAAUGUUCCAUGUCUUUCUUCUUUUGUCAUCUUCCUUGGUGAGAUGUGGAGUACAUCUGUUUGUCUUUGAAGAGAGACAUUAAUUUGAAAUAUAAUUUGUUGCAUGUAAUUACUCUACUUGUGCAUUUUUGUAGUUGAAUGCUUGCAGUCAUUCUUGUAAAUAUUAGUUUGCAUCAUAGCUCCACUUGUAUGUGUUUUCAAGAUUUUUGUAUUGAAACCAAACUCCUCUUGUAUGUUUCCUCGGUGUUUCAUGUGUGCCUUCAAUGUUGCUUCAGACAACAUUCAAAAGACAACUGUUAACUUGCUGAUGUCCAUUUUCUAUCCUUUCAAGCCAUUACUUACAUGCGCAUACGUUGCUGGUUUGCUACAGUUAGAUCAUUGUGAUCACUGCAGAAUGAUAUGACUAUAAACAAUAAAAUAAGGAGUUACAUUUUUCCAGCAAUCAUUAGGUUUACACAAUGCUAAUCUCUAGCAGUGUGUAUAUAAAUCCUGCCUGUAGCAGCGCUGUGUGACCCCUCCCUGGAUGUAUUUCAGCAUAAUUCAGCCAAAGAUAUGCUGAAAACAUAAUAAACCCUGGUGUUUGAUAUUGUAACGAUGAAAAGCCAUUUCUCCAAAGCCACCUUUCAGGAAAAACUAACAAAAGGAGAUAUUUUCAAUGCUUUUGAUAACAAUUUGAUCAAUAUUUUACAGGAGGCUGCACACAGCUGUCACGACACAAAUAUCAUCUUUGGGAUUCAAUGUUUUGUUUUUAAUUUUGAAUCAAAACACAAAAUGUAUUGUCACAUGGUGUAUGAUAAACGCUGGAUUGGCUUCAAUUUUGUAAAAAUGUAGAAAUAAAAGAUUUUAUUGAACAGAA